CGGAGGGCGGGUCCGCGGACGCCAUUGCGCUGCUAUCGGGUGGCGGCGGUCUUGUCGGGCGCGCGGCGUCCCGCCUCAUAUGCUGGCCAUCCCCUGUCCGGUUCUCCGGCCCGGCCUCUGGCCCAUCCCCGGCCUGGUCUCCACCCCGUCCACCCCCGUCCCCGCGGCGGCGCGCGCGGCCCGCUGGGCGGGGUUCCGGGGAUGAGGCGGCGGCGGCGGCGGCGCGCGGAGACUAUGCUCGGCAGCUGAGGAGACGCGGCGCCCGGAGCGCGGCGCGACCCACGGGAUGGCUCAGCCGGCCGGCCCGGAGGGCGGCGAGGGGCCUCCGGACCCCGGGGCGGCCGCGGGCCCGCAGCACGCGCUGAGCCUGGAGGAAAUCCUGCGGCUCUACAAUCAGCCCAUCAACGAGGAGCAGGCGUGGGCCGUGUGCUACCAGUGCUGCGGAUCCCUGUGCGCCGCGGACGCCGGCUGCCGCCAGCCCCGCCGCCGGGUGCGCUCGGCCGCGCAGAUCCGCGUGUGGAGGGACGGCGCCGUCACCCUGGCGCUCGCCGCCGGCGACGCGGGAGAGCCGGCCGCCGCCGCGGGUAAAUUGGAAUAUUCACAUUGUACAGAAACAGAGGUUAUUGAAUCUUUGGGAAUUAUUAUUUAUAAGGCACUGGACUAUGGCUUGAAGGAGAAUGAAGAAAGGGAAUUAAGCCCUCCCCUGGAGCAGCUCAUCGAUCGCAUGGCCAACACGGUAGAGGCUGAUGGCAGCAAUGAUGAGGGCUACGAGGCUGCAGAUGAAGGUCUGGAGGAGGAGGAAGAUGAGAAGAGAAAAAUCUCUGCAAUCCGGUCCUAUAGAGAUGUCAUGAAGUUAUGUGCUGCUCAUCUCCCAACUGCAUCAGAGGCACCAAAUCAUUAUCAGGCAGUGUGUCGUGCACUGUUUGCAGAGACAAUGGAGCUGCAUACAUUUCUGACUAAAAUUAAGAGUGCAAAGGAGAAUCUGAAGAAGAUUCAAGAAAUGGAGAAGAGUAACGAAUCUAACACAGACCUGGAGGAGCUGAAAAACGCUGACUGGGCUCGAUUCUGGGUGCAGGUGAUGAGGGAUUUGCGGAAUGGAGUAAAACUCAAGAAGGUCCAAGAGCGGCAGUACAACCCUCUGCCCAUUGAAUAUCAGCUCACCCCUUAUGAGAUGCUAAUGGAUGACAUUCGAUCCAAAAGAUACACUCUGCGAAAAGUGAUGGUGAAUGGUGAUAUUCCCCCUCGGUUAAAAAAAAGUGCUCAUGAAAUCAUCCUGGACUUCAUCAGAUCAAGACCUCCUUUAAAUCCAGCCUCAGCCAGAAAACUGAAGCCUACUCCACCACGGCCACGGAGCCUCCAUGAAAGGAUCCUGGAAGAAAUCAAAGCAGAAAGAAAGCUGCGGCCCGUGUCACCAGAGGAAACCAGACGCAGCAGGUUAGCAAUGCGGCCACUUAGCAUGUCUUACAGUUUUGACUUGUCAGAGGUAGCUACCCCUGAAUCUCCAAAGAAUGUCCUGGAAUCAUCGAUGGUGAAUGGAGGUUUAACGUCACAUUCAAGAGAAAAUGGGGCAGGUGCCGCACAGCAGGUGCCUGUGCAGCGGAAGAAACUCCUCAAAGCCCCAACUCUGGCCGAGCUGGACAGCUCUGACUCGGAGGAAGAAACUCUGCCCAGGUCAGCCAGCAGCAGUGCAUCUCCCUCCUUCCUUGAAGCUCCCUUUCUGGAGGCUGUGUCCACAAGGAAGAACCCUCCAAAGUUCUUGCCCAUAUCCUCCACACCCCAGCCAGAACGACGGCAGCCACCCCAGAGACGACAUUCCAUUGAAAAGGAAACACCCACUAACGUGAGACAGUUCCUGCCAGCGUCCAGGCAGAGCUCCCGGUCUCUCGUUCCUAGGAUAACCAGAGUAUGGCCAAGGACACCUUUCCGACCGCUUUUUUCUACCCUUCAAACAGCUUCUCUGCUCGGCUCUCACCCUUUGGAGGCAGCCUUGUUGGGGGUAGCAGGGGCUAUGUAUUAUCUGUGUGAGAGAGCUUUUACCAGCAGGUGGAAAUCCGCAAAGGAGGAAUUCUGCUACCCAGUGGAAUGCCUAGCACUUACUGUGGAGGAGGUGAUGCAUAUUCGUCAGGUCCUGGUGAAGGCAGAGCUGGAAAAAUACCAACAGUAUAAAGAUGUCUACACUGCUCUGAAAAAAGGAAAGCUCUGCUUUUGUUGCCGAACCAGGAGAUUUUCCUUCUUCACUUGGUCUUAUACCUGUCAGUUCUGUAAGAGGCCGGUGUGCUCACAGUGUUGCAAAAAGAUGCGGCUGCCCUCCAAGCCAUACUCCACCCUCCCUAUCUUUUCAUUGGGACCUUCUGCCUUGCAGAGAGGGGAAAGUUGUAUGAGGCCAGGAAAACCCUCCACUGGCCACCAUCAGCCACUUCGGAGCAUUGCCAGACUGUCCUCAAAAUCCAAGUCUGUGGACAAAUCAGAUGAAGAACUCCAAUUUCCCAAAGAGUUGAUGGAGGACUGGAGCACCAUGGAGGUGUGUGUAGACUGCAAAAAGUUCAUUUCAGAAAUCAUCAACUCAAGCCGGCAUAGCCUGGUGCUGGCCAACAAAAGAGCCCGAUUGAAAAGGAAAACGCAGUCUUUCUAUGUGUCCUCAGCAGGCCCUUCGGAGUACUGCCCUUCAGAGAGGACCAUCAGUGAGGUCUGAGCCCCGUGCAUUCGUGUGCAGAGUCGCAUUUGCGAGAGAACACUGAGCGGGGCUGUCUUCUCGCUGCAGUUAACUGGUUCGGGUUUGCAUGAGAUCAGGGUUUUGCUGCAUCACACUGUUCCACAGACUGAACACGGUGUUCAUAUCAGCCAGUCCCUUGUCUGCACUGAGAGAGGACAGUAGUUUGAAAUUUGCUUCUCUUGUGUGUGGGGAUUUGGAGGCCAGGAACUUUUUCCUUAGUUCAGUUCUCUACUGUCCCUCAAAUAAUUUUCUGACUGAGGCAGAAAGCUUCUGGUGUGAGAAAUCGGUCUAACACAGGCAUCGAAGUCAGCACAGUCUAAGCAGUAAGUCAUAUUGGCAUUUCCACUUGACAGUGUUCCUACCUGAUGCACACAGAUCCCUGGAGGCUGGGCCAGGCUGUUACCGUCUCACAGCACAGAACCUACAAGGAUUUGCUCAUGCUCUCAAACUGGUUUUAAAUUAUUGUUGCUCUGAGAUAAAGACUCGGGAGGGACUUUACUCCGUGCUCCAGUACAAAGCAUCUGAAUAAGCUGUAUGCUCAAGUGGGCGCCCAUGUCCCCCACGCUGUGUCUGUGCCCAGGCAGUGGGGCGGUGUCUCUUGAGGCAGGUGCAGGGCUUUCCUUAUCUUGAAUGUAUUAUGGUUACUAGUAGUUUUAUAUUGGAGGUCUAAGAUUUAAAGUUUUGUGGCGUUUGGGGACAAGGGCAGGCUAGAAGUUUGUCCAGAAGUUGAGUAUUUUGGCCAAUAGGAGAAGGGCUGUGAGUGCGUCGGCCACGCCGCAGGGAACGAGCUGGAGCGCCCACAUUUCCAACUGUGGUUUUCAUAACUUUAGUCUCGCCAUCACGACUAAAUUAAGCCACAAUUUGGUACCUCAGUUCUCAAACUGAAAUUUAUUUUUAUAAAUGAAUUUUAAAAGAAAAAACAUGGUCUAGUUCUUUAAAAUUAACCUGCUGAUUGAUAGGCUUUGUGGAUGCUUUUUGCACACGUUCUCCUUGUAAGUGACUUGAGUAGGACGGGUUUUGAUGAAGCCAGGUUGAGGUAGCACCGUACACCUGUCAUUUCUCGACUUGUGUGGCCCAUUCCGUGGCCGUCUUUAUGAUUUUGGUUCGCUCAGCAGACCAGCCAAUCAAGUUGCCAGUCAUGUUUGGAAGCUCGGUUAAUGCACAUGCACAGCAGUUUCCUGAACGCUCUCUAGGACACAUCUGUCGUCAGCGCCGUGACAGCACGGCUCACCAAAAGGCAGGGCAGUCACACUUCACACCACCUCACAAUACAGGAACAUUUCUAUAGCAAAUUAACAGUAAUACCUCAGAACUGCCCUGGUAGUGGUUUUACGUAACUGAAAUUUAUAAAUUAGUAAAUGGCUUAAAAUUACUUACACUUACAAAAUAAACUUUACCAAUUGACUGAAGUAAUGCAUGUUAACAGUUUGUCUGUAUUUGCAUGUAAAAGUGGGCCACCAGAGAACCCUUACUGAUUAUGGAAAUGUUUAAAGUUUUAAAGACUCUCACGUAAGAGCUUUAAACAUUAUAUUGAGUGAAUCUCAUUUAUAAAAUUUUGGCGUGAGCAGCUUCUAAACAACCACCAGGAAGGGUGCAAGGGAGAUGGGGUGGUGUUUGUAUCCAUGCACAGACCAGACCUAGGAGAGUGUGCUUUUUAAAAUAACGCCUAGUUUACAGGUGUUAUUAAAACACAAGAAGCUAAACCCCCCAAAUGAGAAUCCCGUCCACAUUCAAAAGGCACAUAAAAUCUAGCACAUCUAGUCUUUGACUUCACUUCUCCAGGUUUGUGACACUGUGCAGGCUGUCUGGGCAUCGUGGGCGCCUCUUAGCAGAGCGUCCACAGCACUAACGGGCUUGCCAAGUGUAUUGAAGAGGUCAAGUGGGUGGUAGGUCUCCGUGGGACAGUUUGCAGAAAGUACAGUAGAAAAAGGCACAUGGAACAGCUAAUAUUGUAGAAAUCAAAUCAGCAUCACUAUCUGGUGCCAAAACAGAUUCUUGCACUUACCCCCUCCCUUAUCCAUGGCAAGUGUCCCCAGCACCUCAACCAAAUCAGGUAACUUCCAGAGGGUCAUUCACUGCCAGCCUGUGGGGCGUGCUUUCAGCCCUCAGCCUCGUUUGACCUGAGGCCUAGCUUCCUUCCUCCCUUCCUACUGGGAUGACACACCUUCCCAGGCCUCCUCUUUGUCCUGGUUGUUGGCACUUACUUCUGGUCUGACAACAACAGCGUCAUUGGCUGGCUGGUCUCCUAGAGCCUGAUGUAUCCCAGCGGGGGGCUUCACUUUCACCCUCUCCCUCCAGGCUCACACCCUCCCUUGCAUCCCCUGCCUCAUGAGCUCACCCUUCUCACAGCUGAACUUUCUACCAGUUCAGGAUCAAUAAGAAAGCUUGUAAAUACUGUAAUAUAGUUAUUAAUAUUUGAAAGGCGUUCAUUCAGUGGACAAUGAGAAUUAACUCUCCCAAGGCAAGUAAAAGUUAAAUCAAGUAAUUGAUUUGUACAUCGACUUAACAGUCUUACUAGAUUUCAAGUCUUAAGCCUUUCAAAUUAAACCAGAAAGUUGUUAUGUAGUUUUUAAAAUGAUCUUACAUUUGAUGAGAUCCCGUGAACUCAUAAACUCACGUCAUGUGAUUAGCACCGUGAGCUCAUACCAUGAAUUUUUUAAGGCUUUUAUUUUUCUAACUGUAUUAAUAAAUGUUGGACUGAUUUUAGGUGUCACAUAGGAGACAUGAAAGUUUUUAAAUUAUGUUGCUGUUUGCUAAAGCAAAAUAGCAGACAAUUUUGUACAUGCAAAACUGUUGAAGGGCCAUGGGGAAAUGUGUACACGUUGACCUGGCUUCCUGUGUGUAUAAAAGUCAAGGUACUGCUGGCAUUCAGCAUGACAUGAAAGUACUAAACGUUUUCCAUUGAAGUCUUUUAUUUUAAAAUUUAUCGAGGGGAAAAUAAAUGACUUUCCAUCAUA